AGACUCAUUCUUGAAUGGUACUUAUAUAUUUAUAACUCGUGAAGAUUAUUUGAAUUUUCUUAUCAAUUCCACAUAGUUUAUUAACUUAUUAUCUAUUAGGCAGACAUUUUUGAGAUGUCAUUUUCAAUGAAAUUUCUAGUCAAGCCUUUGGUGAUAUCUUAUGGAAACAGCAUUACAGUUCAUAGACAAAUCCAUAGAUGGGUAGCUCCUACUCUGAAGGCUUUAAACAACAGAAAACGGGAAAUGGGCCCUCAACCAAUUAAUAGAAGAAGUGAUUAUCUGGAAUGGAAUUAUAAAGCUGAAAUCUAUUCUUUUGGAAAACGGUUAGGGGAAGAUUUUAAGGAAGACUUAUUACGUGAAGCAUUUACUGAAAAAUCAUUUAUAAAUCUAGAAGCCGAAAAAUUAAUGAAAGUUGGAGUUGAUCCUCAACUUGAUAUGAAAGACAAUGCUAAUUUCUCUGUUGAAGGUGAAAAAUUUAUAAGUCAAUGUGUUCUCAAGUAUUUGGUGUCAGUUCUACCCUCUCUUCCAUCUGAACAUAUCGAAUCGAUACAUAAUUUCUUGCUAAGUGAUGAAAAGCUGUCCACUGUUUCUAAAAAUAUUGGUAUAGAUGACCUUGUUUUGACUGCUGAAUAUCCCCUAGAACAGAGUACAUUAAGUCGAUCGUUAAAGAGUGUUAUCCAUGCUCUAGUUUUAAGCAGUGGUGAAGAAAGAGCUUCAAAAUUUGUUACGGACUUCAUAAUAACUCAGCUUUGUGGGGAAGACAUCACUCCUUUGUGCACUCCAGAAAAUCCAAUUGAAAAACUGAAAUCGACAGUAGGCGCAAAUAUAGAAUCUAGGAUAAUUGUUGAAAGUGCGAAAAAUACACUUCUGGCUAAUUAUCAAGUUGGCAUAUAUCAGGAAAAAAAUCUUUUAGGAAGAGGAUGUGGAGAAAGCCCAUGGAUUGCAGAAGAAAUGGCUGCUCUUGAUGCACUUUGGCGAUUAUGGGGUAUAACUUCAAACAAAAAACCUUUUCCUAUUAAAUCUCAAAAAAUUGUAAACAGUGUAAAUAUGUAAUGAUAAAUAUGAGUGUAUAUGUAUUUAUAAAUGUAUUGUACAAAUAAUGUAAAUAAUUUCAAUAGAUUUUUUUUUUAAAUGAUAAAUUAAUAAAUUUUACAGAAAAGUUUCGAUA